UCAGUCAGUCAGUGCUCAUGCCCCUCCAGCAAGCCGAACCAAGCCAGCAUGGCAGCCAAACACUUUUACCGAAACGGCUUUUUAUUACUAUUAUUUGAGUUUAUCUCAACCGCAGCCUUGGAGAAGCGAUUCUCCGACUUGAAGAGAUGUGCGGACGAGGAGUGCAGCAUGCUCCUAUGUCGUGGGAAAGCAGUGGAAGAUUUCUCAGGACCGGACUGUCGCUUCUUGUCAUUCAAGAAAUCAGAAACUGUCUAUGUGUACUACAAAUUGUCAGGAAGAAGACCUGACAUAUGGGCUGGGAGCGUUGGAAGCCAUUUUGGUUAUUUCCCAAUGGACCUCCUUGCUGUCAACCAUGUGUAUACUGACAAAGAAGUUGAAAUUCCGACAGAGGAGACAGAUUUUGUCUGUUUUGACACCGGAUUUGACCGCUUUGACAACUAUGAGAUAGACUCCUUAUUGGGCUCCUCAUCUAAGGAGAGUGACAGUGGAAUUAUUGGUGAUUCUGACCUAACCCAAGUGCCAGAGGAGCCACCAGAGGAGAAGGAAGAGGAGGUGAUUGACAGCAAUGUAAUAACUGCUGAUAUUGGCAUGGUCCCACAUGAUCAAAGUGCCUCUUUGCCUGAACUUAAUGUGGCAAAUGAAUCACCCGCCACUCAAGAAGAAGUGCCUGACACAUCAGCUCCACUUGAUGACACUGACAGGGCUGCAGAAGACCAACAGAAUGAGAAACGAACAACCGUAGCCUCUUUUCCUAAAGAUAGUGAGUUAGAAAAGCAUGAAGCCAAAGAUGCCCGCAAACAACAUGAGGACUCUCAGCACAAAGACGAUCUCGUGUCUGAAAGCAAAACAUUCUCGACUUCUCAAGGAGAGAAAAUCUUAGAUUUAAAAACUACCUUUGGCUUGACCUUCGACGCCGUCGCAACAGAUGCAGAGUCCACCACGAAUGUCACGCCAUACAAGCAGGAGGAAAUGCUUGAGGAUCUUUCUGAAGAUGAACAUGAUGCGGACAAGAUAAGACCAAAUCCAUUGCUAGCUUUCUCUGAAGGAGAUGAGACGGCUGACAAAGCAACCUCUGUUCCCCGCAAAGAUGAAGAAAAUCCUGUGGCGACACAUGACACACCAAAAACUGAAGACGAGGUCACAUCGACACUAUUUGAUGACAUUUUUUCAGCUGUGACUGGUGGAGUGAAGACGGACGGGGAAACAAGUUCAGAAGAAGAAGACGAUGACUUGGAAGAGCCAGAGUCAGAAACGAUUCAGGAUUUUGAGGAAGCACAAGAAGAAGCAGCAGAAGAGAACAUGGAUACAGUCCAUGGUGAUUCACCAGAUUCAGCAUUUGUACACCCUGAAGAAAACGAAGCACCAGAAAGCCUUCAUUCGAUUCAUAGAGCUUCGCCUGAUUCUACAGUUGAACACCCUGAAGAAAAUGACGCACCAGAUAACCUUGAUUCGAUCCUUCGAGAUUUGCCAGAUUCUGCAGUUGUACACCCUGACGAAAACAAAGCACCAGAAAACCUAGACUCAGUCCAUAAUGAUUCAACAGAUUCUGCAUUUGGACACCCUGACAAAAACAAAGCAACAGAGACUCUAGAUUCACCAGAAUCAAUUGUUGAGGAACUCUUGUUUGAUCUUGACGAUAGUUCUGAUGACUUAGCUGUCAAACACGAGGAUCUUCAAGACGAAACACCAAAACCCACCGAUGAGCCAGAACGACAAGAAAGAGCGAGUACAGUCAUAUCCAAUCCUAUUACACAGAAUGAACCACUGGACCACUUACCUAACAAAGUGACAGAUGAACGCAGUGAGGAUAGAAAGGAAGAGGAUCCACUGGUUGUUAAAGAAGAUACACACGACAGCGCCAUUGCAAUGGAGCAUAAGUACAAUUUAGAGGAGGUGUUACAUGAAAAUAAAACAGAAAUACAAGAAGAAAUUCCAGAAAUUGUUCCAGAAACUAUUCGUGGUGUGUCCUCAGAGGAGAUGGAAUCCUUCGAUUCGCUUAACGAACCUGAGGCUAAGCCUGCAGGAGAUUACAUCCUCCUUGGUCUUGAAAACAAUAAUGAACAGCAGGACGAGCCACCUAUUGAUGAGGGACCCCUUGACGCGGAUAAGAAAGAUGCAGAGAUGCAUGAAGAGAAAUCUGAGGAAAUAGAAGAACUACUUGAAGAUGAAAAUGCACUUUAUUUGUCACAGGCAUAUGAUGCAGAGUCUAAAAAACAGUCAACAGCGAUGAGUCCACCCGCAACUCCCGAGCUAAAAUACAGCGACAGUGUGUUGAGACUAACUCUGCUGCAAGGGUACUACAGCCUAGAGAAGAUGGUGCGCUUUCAGAAGUUUCUAGGGCUCAAGAAUCUCUACAAAGUAGAGGCCAUGUUCUCAGACCUGGACAUCGAACUGCAGGCUACCCGUCUUGCACACUCUGGCACAGUGCAAGACAUGGAAGGUGCGCUCGAGAACAUCUUGGAGACCUCAGAGAACACCAUCUUGGAUGAAAUUGAAAAGAUGCUGGACAGCCGAGAUGCGAAGUAUGACGAUGAGCAGCAAAUAGGCAUGCUAGAUGAGGAAACAGAACUACUGGAUGACUUCCAGGAGCUAGCCUUCCACCUGCGGCAGAAGUAUUCUGCAGCGAGUGAUAGCACACCUUUGGCAACAAAGAAAGCAUCAGAUUAUGACCAGGUCGUUGCAGAUAAACCUGAAGAUUUGCCUCACAUGGUUGAAGUGAAGAAAGCUAACAUCUCAGAGGUGGAGCACAACGACAACCUCACAGAUCUUCUGGAAAAUGCGACAGAAAUGAAAAAAGAGCAGUUCGUUGUGGAUGAAGCGCAUGCCGCACAGGAUAUUAACGUGGGGGAGGAUGGCGGACACUUCAACAAAAACAAAGAAAACCAGCCGAGUUUCAGCUCGUCAGAUGAGAUGCAAAAGUUCCCGCAAGCCACAUUGGAAAAUCCCUUAGAGAUGGGUCUCACUGAGGUGGAGAGCUCGCCCUCAGGAUCUUUGGACUCCAUGGAUGCGUCACCUGAAUUUCACGACGAAGAAGUGGGAAUACUCUCAGAUGGACUUGCUUUUCUGUGCUCUGCUGCUGCAUUGGUCAGGAGUAAAGUUGCAGAGUGGACACUUAUUAUUAUUUCACUGCUGCCAGAUGAGUGGAAGCCUGGGGAAACCUUCUUUGGCUGUCCUUGGCAGGCUGUCAUCAUCACUGCUGUCGUUGGAGUCAUGACCUUCACCAUCUUCUUCUGGAAAACUGUGCUGGUGGUAAAUAAGAGGGAAUAUCUUGUGGAUGAAAAAAGACUGGCUGACCAAAUCCAAGCACUUAAAAAUGAGAAGAAUGAUACACUGGCUAGAAUGUCUGAACUCCAGAAACAGACUGAACAACUGAAAGAAAGUCAAAAAGAGUCUGCAGAGACAGUUAACUGUGCAGUGAAAAAGAUGCAACAGUUGGAGAGUCAGGUUUUCAAGGCAGAAAAGCAGAAUGAGCACAUGGCGGAGGAAAAAAAGUUGUACCAAAAACAGCUCGAAGAAGAAAAACAAAACUCAAUACAAAUUGGACACCGGAUACAAAAAUUGGAGAAGUCAAACGAGAAGCUACAGCUGAGCAGGAAGAAAGUCCAGGAAACCUUAGCUAAGACUACUGUUCUCCUGGAUGAGGCCAAGAUCCGGGAAGAUGCGAGGAAUGUUCAGCACAAAUGCCUUGAGAAGGAGCUUGCGACCCUGAAAGAAGAAAAUAAAAAUCUUAAAGUUACCAUAAAAGACUGGGAGGACAAACACACCACACUCAGUGAACAGAUUAAAGUCUAUCAAAAGGCCCAAAAAGAGCUGGAGGACUCUGUAGUGCUCAAAGAUCACAACGUGGAGGUUUUGUCAGAACUCCUGGCUGAUCUCGAUGCUUGUGAGUUGCAAAAAGGUGAUGGCAAGAUGUUAGUGAACGGCGAAGUAGCACCUGAUAAGAAGACUGCAGUAAAGAACAGGAUCAAGCAGAUGAUGGAUGUUUCCAGGGUCCAAACCACACUUACAGUGAUCGAAGAAGAGCGAGACCGAUUUAUGUCCAAACUUCUUCAUGAGGAAAAGUCUAGGAAAGCUCUGGAAGAAAAACAUCAGGAACUGGAACAUGCCAUUGCAACCCUCAAAAGCGAGAAGAGCCAUGUGGAAAACCAGCUCAAGAUCCUGCAGCAGAAGAAUGAAAUUAUGGUGGAAAUGUACCAACAGAAGGAAAAUGCUCUGCAGCAGAGGCUCACCAAGGAGGAGCUGGAGCGGCGCAGCAAAGAGAAUAUGCUGUCCGAGGUAGGAGGAAAAGCUCUGGAGGCCGAGGAGCAGGUUAAAGUCUUGCGUCAGCGUAUUAAUGAAAUGGAGGAGCAGAUGAAGAAGACAGAGGAAGUCUAUAAGGAGCAGAUUAAAGAACAGGAAAACAAAACUCAUUCAAACUGGGUCAAUGCUCGCAACGCUGAGCGGGCUUUGAAUCAAGAGAAACUUGAAUCAUCAAAACUGCGUGAAAAGUUGGCAGGACUGACAUCUCAGCUGAAUGAGCGACGCGCUCCUCUCUUCAGACCCAACUCAGGACAAGCUGCUGGCGUUUGUCAAGGCGAUUCAUAUGGGCCCUCCCCAGUGAGUGGGGGGGCGCCAUCCCCGCCGUUAAUGAUCGAGGGUCCCAGGCGCCCUCCCUCUGCCCCUGUGGGUCGAAGAAUUGACCCCUAUGGUCCACGCCCUCCAUCGGACCCACACAGUCGUUAUCCUGACAACAAACACAUCCCUGGGAUGGACAUGUCAGGCCCCCGUAGCUCAUCACCCGCCAACCUGGAUGGCUCUCAGACGCAGGAAGUAGAUGCACAGAUAACAGACGACACUCAGGUUGACGCCUCCAAAGAGGGUCCAGAGCCAGGCCCUGGAUCUUUCCUAGCAUCACCCAUUAGAGACUCGCCUGGCCCCCUUGGUCAAGGACCUCCACCGGGUCCAGGACUCCAUGAUCCACUUUUCCCUCCAGGACCACAUGGCCGGCUGCCACCUGGCGGGCCCUACAGACCUCCAAGGCCACCUCUCUACCAUCCAACACCAGGAGCCCACGGUCCUCCUCCAAAUGUGCCUCUCCCUCCUCCUGGACCCCCGCUGCCAGCCAACGGCCACCCUGGUUUUCCUGUACCAGGACCCAUGGUAGGAGAGUUUGGACCUCGUCCCGCCAAUGGACACACAUUCCACCCUAGGCCUGGUCCCGGCCAUGUCAUUGAUCCUCGAGGUCCUCCGCCGCCACAUUUCCGUCCACCUCAUCAUUUUGGGCCGAUGCCUCCGCUGCAUGGUCCUCGUGGAGUCAUGGGACCGCGUCCACCUUUCCCUCCUGACAUGCGCUUCCCAGGACCACGUGACCACCUGGGCCCUCCAAUGGACUUGCCUCCAGGUGUCCUGCCACACCCUGGUCGCAGUGAAGCCUUUGGUCAUCCUGGAGCUCGCCCCAGUCAGGACCCGCCCCCAAAGCAGGAGGCCUCUCAGGACUCAGCAAGUCAAGCAUGGGGCAGAGGGUGUAUGAGUGCUGCCAGCUGAAAAAGUGAACAAAAUUUCUGUUUCAAAGUCCAACAGCGCAAACAAGAGAUAUUGUAGGUGAGCACCUGGUGCUACGCUUGAAGGAAGACUGUCAAUGAACUGGUUAGUGUAAAUAAGUGUUGCAGCAUGAAACAUGUCCUCUAAAUGACCAUAACACUGUUUUUACAGCAAGCCUAAGGGGGGAUGUAAGCGCCUCAUUUGCAGGAAAGACACAUACAGGAGAUCCUCGCUAUUGUGGUGGUUACGUUCCAAGACACCCAGUGAGUGGUGGAAAACCGAACAAAAAAAAAAAAAAUCACAAAAAAUUCCUGUUUUGGAAAACAUGCCUCUCAGUUAUUAAUCACAUUUGAAAUAGAUUUGUACACAUUAAACAGUCUUACCGUAUUGUACUUAAACGUGCAGUUACACAUUGCAUCUUGUUAAAGUGUCUUCCUGCUGGAACAUGUUGAGUGAAUUGACUUGUGCGACAGCGCCCCCCUGGGAUUCAUAGCUGCAGAAGUUUUCCCCCAGAGGGGAUAACCCCCACAAACCACUUUCUAUUUUAAUCACCAUAAACAAAGAAAUUUGCGAAUAGGCGGGGAUCUACUGUAUUGUGGCCCAACGUUUGGCUCAGUUCCCUUUUACUUUCUUAAUAUAGUUGUGGAAAAACAUUAUUCUGAUUCAGUGGUAGCUGUAUUGGACUUCUGUGAUCAAGUUUGUAUGUCUUAGCUGUCCUUGUGCAAGGUUUGGUGAAGAUGGAGAUAAAGUGGUUUCUUUGUGAGAAGCUGGAGUUUCUUCCUCCUAAAGUCUGUGGGCUUCUUGUACCUACAAUCCAAAAAAAAUAUAUAUAUAUUUUCGGUAACAUCACAACACAGCAGCAACAGAACCAAUGUUGUAAUGGGGCAAGCCGCAAACUGCUCAGCCAACAUUGAGUUUCACACAAACAUCUAAAAGCGCAUGCAAAGAUAGUUAAAGCUGAUGGAUUCUGACUCCUCAUACUUCCAAUGCAUUUGCUGCCAUUCAUUUUUUUUAAAAUGCACCGGGAGGUUGCCUACAGCCACAGCUGUUAAUGCCAGUGUUUUUUGACCCAACCUAACUAGAGACCCCAAUAACCCCCGAUAACUGUAGGAGUUGCUGCCGUAAAUUGCACAGCGGCAUUAAUCGGCGCAUUUGCGGUGUGAUGGGAGUAGUGUAGGGUGACUCACAGCUCGAUCACGAUGGGUCCAGGCUUGAUCUCGUCCAUUUCCAAGAACGCAAAACAUUUUGUGCUGGUAAACCUCUUUUUGGGUUUGUAGUGCUUGAAUUCAAAGAAAAUGGCUGCUCCUGGAGAUGAGAAGUUGAUAUUUGGACCACUUAAACAUCCGCAUUUGCAUGGAAAGCUCUAACAUUACAUAUUACAAACAUGGCAUUCUUCUUUUCAUGUCACUGAACCAGAAAGUUUUUUUUGGAGGAAUUUACCGUUGCUAUACCAAAAAAAAAAAUGGUACGGUCCUGUCAUCUUACCAUCCUGCGUGAAUGAUUAGCUGGCAUUCCAAUCUACUGCCUCACUCUAGCCAGAUCGCACGCUGCUGACUGCAGAAACUUUGUGUUCACCUUUGGCAGAAGUCCAUUCUACUUGCAUUUUAUUGCACUUUUGGGUAAGAUAUCGCUUCUAAGCAUUUGUCUGCUGGCUUGCUUUAAAAGUAUCAGAUGUUACCUUUAGGUAAUUUCUCCAGAUGCCUUUGGAUCUCUACAUCCAUGCUGAAAUGAAUGUAGAUGUCCUCCUUCUUGGUGGCCACAGGGGUGUCCUGCAUUGGGUUCAGGUCCACCCCGUUCAAAUCUGCAGGCACAGAAACAGAUUUUCAAAAUAAAGUGGCACUAAAUGAGACAAAGGAUACAUUGCGAUAAAGUGGAGUUCACUACCUUUAACACUAAUGCUCAUGUAAGGGUCGAUGCACUGCCCAGCAUCUUUCAGACCAAUUUUGUCUAUUCUUAUUGUCAGGAGCGUCAUCCCAGGCUCGGAGGGUAACCGUGGCAACAAGGUACCUGCAGUGGACAAAGAUGUCACAGUUUGUUCAUCCAUUCAUUC